AGAUAGUCUACUUACAUAUUAAUUGAUAGCACUCGCUAAAUUUGUUCGGCAUUUUCACUGUAUUCUUUUUCUAUUAUAGUAUUUUGAAUAACUUUCGAUUUGGACUUAACAUCAGUAACAAUCAUGCACCGACUACAGAAAGAAGAUAAAAUUAACUUAGGAGAAAGACGAAUCAUUCUGGUUGGAAAGACUGGCAAUGGGAAAAGUUCAACCGGAAAUUCCAUUCUUCGAAAACAGGCUUUUCUCCAUGAACACAGCCCAAAUCCGGUAACAGACAAAUGCUCGUUGAAAACAGGGACAAAUGAGUCAAAAACCUUUCAGUAUAAGUUAGUUGAUACACCCGGAUUACUUGACACAACAAAGCGUGUUGGUGAAAGAGCACUUGAUAUUGUACAGUCAAUUGAAAUCUGUCCAAAUCCGCAUGUAUUUCUUUUGGUCUUUAGCGCCGGAAAUCGUAUGACAGAAGAUGAACGCUUCACUAUAGAUAUGCUCCGGAUUAUGUUUGGAGAAAAUAUUUUCAAUCAUGCAAUGGUCGUUUUCACACAUGGCAAAAUGUUUGAAUCUGAUGAAAAGUUUAAGAAAUUUUGGACAGAAAAUGAACAUUUUGUUACACUUAUUAAAAAGUGUGGAAACAGGGUUGUCAAAAUAGAGAACAACAAGGAUGUCUUUGACCGAAAUGAAGGUGUACAUGAAAUUGAAAAUAUAAUCGAAGAGCUGACAGAAAGCGGGCGUAAUUGCUAUAGCUACAAAUAUGUAGACACCCACAGAUCCGUAAUUGAAGAACAUUUAAAAAAUUAUCAAGGAAAAGGCAACAUUCAUGAGGAUAUUUCCGACAUUAUUGACAAGCUGGGUCAGAAAUUAGAUCAACAAAUCUGGAAAAAAAUGUUAUUUGGUGGUGUACUGCUAAGCGGAGGAGCAAUUGGUGUAGGAUAUGCUGCCGGUUAUGCCGGGGCGAAUGUUGUUGCUGCAUCGGGAUUGGGGGCAACCGUUAUGACCAAUGCUGAAGCUUUAGGUUGCGUUCUUGUAAAAUCAGCCAGUUCAUUUGCAGCUGCGGCAGCUUCAUCAAACGUUGGUGGUGCCGUCGUAAGUUCAACUUUGAGCGUUGCUAAAAAAAUGAAGUUUAAGUAAUGAUUGAAUGAUCGGGCACAAUCAAUAAGAAAUGUAUGAAAUGUAUCCUCCACUAUUUCAAAAUUAUUAAGCAAAAUAAUUUAACUAUACAUUUACAUAUAUAUUAUUAACAUAAUUAUCCAUUCCACUAAUCAUUUCACUUAUAAUUAACUUCUUUUCUUAGUGUAAAAGGCAUUGUUUACAAAUUUUCCUAAUUUACGUAAUGUGCAUACAUUUUCAGAAUUUAAUAAUUCAAUGAAUUUUGGCAUAUUUGGACGUCUCCAGUGAUAUGGCGGUAUCAGGUUUUUUCUUAAAUCAUUAUAUACAUUGCAUUCUAAUAUGAAUUGGUAUUCGUCUUCUAAGACAUUACAUGAAAAACAUUUUCUAUCAUUUAAAGGUGUACUAUUUGGUUUAGUUCAUGCACCUGAUUCUAUGUGCAGUCUAUGAGAUGAUACUCUUAACCUAGUGAGAUCUUUACAAAACCGUUCAACAUUGAUAAUAUUUAGAUAUGAUUGAAACUUAAGAACAGAAAUAUAUCUAUAAAGUAAAAUACUACUAGAGUUAUCUAAUCUACUUGACCAGUUUUGUACAAAUUGGUCUUUCGAACAUUGUUUCACAUAAUAUAAAAACAGGUCAGUUUUACCCUU